AUGAGUCAAACUCCCAUUCCGGAAGAAUAUGAUGACACUAGAAUCUUGGGAUACGACCCAUUGAUUCCUCCCGCUUUGCUUCAAAAUGAGAUUGUUGCAUCUAAAAAGGCAUUAGACGCCGUCAUUAAGGGCCGUAUUGACUCCUCCCAGAUCCUCGCUGGUAAGGAUGACCGGUGUCUUGUGAUUGUUGGACCAUGCUCCAUCCAUGAUCCUGCCGCUGCGCUAGACUAUGCUGGACGCCUUAAGGCUUUGGCUGAAGAAUUGGAGGAUGACUUGGUUAUUGUUAUGAGGGCGUAUUUGGAGAAGCCAAGAACGACAGUUGGAUGGAAGGGUCUCAUCAAUGAUCCAAAUGUCGAUAAUACUUUCGACAUCAACAAGGGGUUGAGAGUGUCGAGACAAUUAUACGCCGACUUGACUGGAAAGAUCGGAUUGCCAAUCGGUUCAGAAAUGUUGGACACCAUUUCCCCACAAUACUUCUCUGAUUUUUUGAGUUUCGGUGCUAUCGGUGCAAGAACUACCGAGUCCCAAUUACAUCGUGAAUUGGCUUCUGGUUUGUCAUUUCCAAUUGGAUUUAAAAAUGGUACCGAUGGUAAUAUUGGUGUUGCUUUGGAUGCUGUUCAGGCUUCUUCAAAGGGUCACCACUUUAUGGGUGUUACGAAAAAUGGCUUGGCAGCUAUAACGACCACCAAAGGAAACGAAAAUUGUUUCAUCAUCUUGAGGGGAGGAAAAAAUUUCACUAACUACGACCCAGAGUCGGUUGCAAAAGCAAAGGAGAGUAUUGCAAAGAGCACUGACCCAAGCAUUAAGUUGAUGAUUGACUGUUCUCACGAUAAUUCUAAGAAAGACUACAAGAAUCAACCUGUGGUCUUGGAGUCGGUCGCCGAGCAAAUUUCCAAUGGUGAAUCUUCUAUUAUUGGUGUCAUGAUUGAGUCAAACAUUAAUGAGGGUAAGCAGAGCAUGCCACCUGGUGAUGUUGGAAAGGAGUCUCUUAAGUACGGCGUAUCUAUCACCGACAGCUGUGUCUCUUGGGAAACAACCGUCACUAUGUUAAGGAAAUUGGCCAAAGCCGUUCAAGAGAGAAGAGGUAAGACUGAGGCUUGA